AUGGUCGUCGGCCAGAUCCCCCAUGGCAUCAUCAUUGGUCUCCAGAUCGUCCGCCCAAGAAUUUGGUUGCCAAGUAUGGUGCUGGUUUGGGCUUUCCUGACCAUGGUUAGUGCGGCCGUCAAGACGACAGCUCAACUCUGCGUCGUCCGCUUCUUUCUUGGAUUGGCGGAGGCCAGCACCUAUUCGGGAGCCAUUUACAUCAUGGGAUCAUGGUACAAGCCCCAAGAAAUUUCGAAGCGCACUGCUAUUUUCACCGCCUCCGGUCAAGUUGGCACCAUGUUCGCCGGUGUGAUGAUGGCCGCCAUUUACAAAGGCCUAGGUGGUUUGGCUGGUCUCGGGGGCUGGCAAUGGGUCUUCAUCAUUGAUGGCAUCAUCACUCUGCCCAUCGCUUUAUUCGGAUUCUUCUAUUUCCCCGAUAUUCCUGAGAACACCAGCGCACGAUAUCUCAGCGACUCCGAGAAGAAUUGGAUCUUGGUGCUCUGGUCGCCCAUCUGCGCCACCCUCGAGGCCUGGGUAGUUCAGGGCAAUUUCAUCCUCUGGCUCAAAUACUAUGCCGAGCACUUCACCCAGAGCCAAAUCAACACAUAUCCCCUGGGAGUUCAAGCGGUAGGCAUUGUGACCAACAUCCUUGCCGCCUGGCACAUGGAUGCUACCGGCACCCGCAUUCCAAUGGUUGUGCUGGUAUGCAUCAUCCAGAUCGUCUGCGCCGCGAUGCUGCUUGUCCCAACCCUCUCAUUCGCCGGCACGAUGUUUGCAUUUUACCUUUCGGGCUCUUCGUAUAUGGUCAACCCCCUGAUCUUCGGCUGGGCAAGCAUCAUCCUUCAGCGUAGCGGUGAUGAGGCCGUUCGAAGUGUAACAAUUUAUGCCAUGAAUAUUGGUGCCACAACGCUGUACACAUUUUGGGGUAUCGUGUUCUACGCUGCUGAUGAGUCACCGUAUUGGAAGAAGGGCGCGAUCGUCAUGAUUGUGUGCUCUGUCGUUGUUCUCGGCUUUAUGGCACUUGUUAUCAAGGUGGACAAGGAUUCUCUUGCGAAAUAUGGCUCGAUGAUUGUCGAUGAAUUCGAGACGGCCGCCGCAACCCGCGAGAUUCAGGCACUACCGAACGGUGACCAUUCGGGAAGCGAUGACCAGAAGAACGCAAGCUCUCCGAAAGGCACCUCUAUAUAA